CAACCUUUCCAAAUAACAGCUCUCCACCAAUCCUUCAGCUCAGCCUCCCUACCUAUGUCACAUAGGUACGGGUACGGGUGCUGACAUAGGUAUGGGUACGGGUGCCGGUAUGGGUACUGGUGCAGGUACGGGUACGGACCAUUUUCAAAAAAUUUGGGUGUGGGGGUACGGCCGUAUGCACACGCGACAUAUAUAUAUUAUAUCAAAAAAUUUCAAACAAAAUUACACACACACACACACAUAUAUAUAAUAUAUAUAAAUUACAAACAGAAUAACAUAUUCAUAAAUCAUAAUGCAAAACACAGUAUGGAAGUAACUAACAUACAAAUGUAUCAACAUUCUUGAUUCAAUGGCAAUCACUACUGCAGAAGCACAAACAAAAUAGCAACAUACACUUUUACAUAAGUAACAUAACAAACAAAUGAGGGAACACGGAACAAAAAAAAAAACGAACAAAAAAAAAAGGGAACCGACUGCAGGCGACCAAAAAUAUAAUGCUCAACAAAAAAUGAAAAGGGAACCGACUGCAGAAAUUCUCUUGUUUUAAACUAAACACGGUUUCCCUCCAAGACAUUGUCUUGUUUUACACUAAAUAAGACAAUGGCAAUCACACCAGAAGCUCAAAAAAUUACAAACAAGGUGCUUAACAUAAGUAACAUAACAAAGAAAAGAGGGAACACGGAACAGAUAAAAAAAACGAACAAAAAAAAAGGAACUGACUGCAGGCAACGAACAAAAAAGAGGAUUCAGAAAAAGGUUACUGUUCGCCGCCUGAAAAUGAACCAGAAAAUGAGAAAACGAUGAAAAAAAAAUCAAAUACAGUCGCUGUUCAGCACUUGCCGUCGCCGGAGAUAGUCUACCAUUGUCGUUCGUCGCUUGCAGCCGCCGGUCUCCGCCCCUGCCUUCGUCGGUCGCCGUUAGUAGUUGUCAGUGAGAGAAGAAGAAACACACGAAAUGAAACGAAACAAAAAAGGGUUUUAGGGUUUCGAUUUAUUUAACGUUAAAUUUUUUAAAACGUGAAAAUGUAAAAAAAGGUUAACAUUAAAAUUGGACGGAAAUGGACUCUCACCCCUGCCGCACCCACGGGCGUACCGGUACGGUACCCGUACCGUGCUUAAGAGAAGUACCCGUGUGACAUAGCUCCCUACACAUCUUUCAGAUUUCACUAGCUCUAAAGCCCUUAAUAUUAUUGGCUAUCCACACUAAGGAAUCCUCACUUUUUGUGAGCCUCAGACCAGCUAAGAUGUCAUAGAUGCAAGGAAAGUAAUCAAGGUAGAUAAGCUGGUUACCAUCCUCACCUACUUGCUAAAUUGAGAGCUGGAGGUCCCUCUCCACCAUAUCAUAUUCAUGAACUUUAUCCUUUUUUAUUAACGGUUCAUCUUGCCAGCAGACAAUUUAAAACUUGGUAGUGUUCCCAUUGCCAAGCAUCCAACGAACCCUACCUUGAACCCAUUGCCAACCCUCUACCAGGCACUUCCAAACAUGAGACCCUUUACCCUGACUUCUGGUAAUCCAUAAGCUAUGAUGAGAUAGAUAUUUCUUUUUAAACAUUGCAGCCCAAGGAUAUUUCAAUUGAAGAAGCCUACAACAUCUGCUUGCAAGAAGUGCUCUAUUCAUAUCACCCAUCCUUAAACCAACUACAUCUUCAUCCUUAGGACACAAAGUUGAUCCCACUUGAGCUACAUCUUCAUCCUUAGGACACAAAGUUUAUCCCAAUUGAGCAAGUGCAAGUGUUUAACACUGGAAUCCUCAAUCACAGGGGCUGAUUGCAGGCCUGUUCAACCUUUUUUUAGACUGUCUAGUAAUUUGAAUACCAUCAUCCAUACAGCAAAGAUGAAUAAAACAUGUUCAAUGAGGCAUAUGCAAGCAGUAUAGGAAAGAUGACGGGCCAUCCAUCCACUCAGUUUUUUUCAGUUUAUAGCAGAAGCAACGUGUAGAGAUCGGCAGAAAGGGCCCUUUAAACAAUGGUAACGCGAGGUAGUCGGAGGGGAGGAUUCCCAGGGGCCAUCUAAUCGUGUUGCUAAUCUUUCGAAUUCGUCUAGAAUGGCCCUAAUGGUAAUAAUGGAUUUCUUGUCGGCAUUUGGCAAUCAGUAGGAUAGUAUCCACGAACAUGACAGCCCCAACAUUCUUAGGCAGUCUUCAAACCUUUGCGAUUUGAAUCCUUUUACUAUAAGUGUUAGCUUGACGACACCUAUUAAAGACUUCCAUGAUAAUGAUGAAAAGACAAGCAGAGACCGGAUCCCCUUUCCUGAGCCCACACUCACCAAAGAACUUCUCGCAUAAUCUACCAUACACGAAAACUACAUAAGAAACAGAAGAGAUGCAUGCUAAAACCCUUUGAAUCCACCUAGGAUGGAACCCUAGUAAUGACAUGGUACUUUUCAAAAAGUCUAAGGAGAAUCACCCUUAUCCACUGCACCAUUAUUUUGGCAAUGAUUUUAUAAACAAUGGACAAAGAUAUAGGUCUACAGUUAUCCACCCUUCUAGCCUUAUCCUUCUUAAGGAUAAGGCAAAUCAUAGUGUGGUUCAUGCUAUGAAUUAUGUUGCUCUUAGCGAAAAAAAAAAACCUGAACAGCCCCGUAUGAGGUCAUCACCAAUAAUGCUGUAGCACUUUUGGUAAAAAAAAUAGUUAGAAAACCAUCCACACUCGCAACAUUGCUGAGAAAUCUCCAGCUGACACCAUUAAUUAUAAGUCAUCACCAAGUCAAUCUUGAGGCAGCAUGCAUGCAGGGAAGGAGGUCUCAUUUAGCAAAUCUACAAUCUUUUGAAUUAGGAUGACAUUAUUGUUGAAAAUUCUUCCUAGAAGGAAAGCUGCUUGGAUGGGACUAGUGAUUUUAAAUAGGGCGAGCUUUAUGCUAUAGGCCAACAACUUAGAGGUGAACUUGGAAUUGCAUAAUGCUAUCCACCUAAAAUUAUGUGUUCUUUGUGCUCCAUCUUUGUUUAGGGAUAAGCACAGUCAUGGUAUGAUUUGGACUGCGAACCAGUUUGCCAUAUCUAGCACAUCUACCUCGAACACAUCCCAACAAUCUUGGUAAAGUCUACUAAAAAACCAUCUGGUCCUGGAGCACUGUUGGGAUUAGAGGAGAGCACAAUCGUCUUCAGUUCAUAGAGUGAGAGGCCGGCCAAUUGUCAUCGUCUAUAAGAAUAGGGCCCUCCAGAAAUCUCUGCAUGGCCUUCCUAGAUCCUUCUCUAGUUGCAAGAAGCUCUUUGAAGAACCGUUCAUGCAACUCCUUGAUCAUGUUAGGAUCUUUAGGAGUAUCCUCACCCGUUUCAAUUUUGUCACCGAGAUACUCAUGCUUCCUUCCUUGAAUCACUGCUUGAAAAGAGGAUGUAUUACGGUCUCCAUUUUUCAGCCAAUUUGUCUAACCAAAACUUUCCUAUUAAGAAAAAUGUAUACCCAAACAAGUUUCGUGAAAGCUCUCAUGAAUUGUCAAGUGCCGGCUACUAUUUCUUAAGUAUGCAAUAACAGGUUUAUUGGUGGAACUAAGCUUCUCACUUUUUGAAAAAAGAAAAAGGUAUGUUCGCUAUAAUGUGGUUUAUCCAUUUUAAGUCCUGUCUAUUGGUUUGUUGUUUUCUCAUUCACAGGUCACAUGGCACAAUGAAGUGAAUGUUUUAAAAAGUCUUACAGACAAGUUAAAAGUGAGUUUGACUAAGGAGGUUUGGCGCACUGGCUCUGGUUAGUGGCUGGUAGGUAAUCACUAGUCAGCCACUGGUUUAAGCGGCACGGGCAUUAAUUUUUCGUCUGCCACUAGGGUUCUCGGACCAAUGUACUAAGUAACAUUCAUUGAAUGCCCCACAUUAAGUACUGCUAAACCCUGGGGCACACGGAAAAAGAGAGGGAAAGGAGGGAGCGAGUAGCUUUGGCUUUCACUCGAGCAGAGAGAUACUCCCUCCCGCUUAUCUGAAAAUUGAAUGUUCCAUGCUAAUUAUAAUAAGAAAGUAAACAUUGUUAAACAUUUAUGUGAUUUUUUUUUUAGUUUGUCACAUAAGAUUAAGGUAGCAAGUCCUUGACUAACAAAUUAAUAGAAGCUGGGUGAGGUUUGUGAAUUAUGUAUCUAAGUUACACUAAUUCGAACAUUGUAGGCAAUGAUGAAAAUUACUCGUUAAUUAUGUGGAACCAAGUCACUUACCUCAAGGGUGGUGGUUUUAUCCGCUUUUUAAACCACGUAGUUUCGAGUAAGAUGCUCAUUAACAUAUUACAAAUAGUUUUGAGUUAUAAGCAUUUAUAACGAAUUGUAAUCACCUACUUUCAAAUGCAAAAAACAUGCAUUUUCUACUAUUUGCUUCCUUAUGAAGACAAGAACACAUUCAUAUAAUGGUCGACGUUAUCAAAAUUACGUGAGUUGCCUGAACUGAAUCAGAACUAAAACUUUCCCUACAUUGGUUAAAAAAAGUAAUAUUUUAAUAUUUUCAAAAUGUAAAUGCAAAAAUACACAAACUAUAAUUUGAAACUUAGAAAAAUAAUUAAGGAUGACAGAUGGUACAAUUGAACUGGAUGCAUGGUGCACUGAAUUUGUUUCGAACUCAUUUUCGAACCGAUUUUAAUGACACCUGGGCAUUGCAGCGGAUUUGAUCUCAAAUUCACGAAUCUCAAAUCCACUUCAUAUCUACGUUUUUUUAAUUAAUUUAUUGUGAAUAUGAGAUCAACAUUGCUGAAAUAGUGAAAUCGACUGUUUACGUGAUAAGUAUUAUGGACUUGUUUGGAAUUUGAAAUCCAAAGCUACCAAACAAACAUAACAUUAGUGUGAAAUUUAAGAAUCUCAAAAUACAAGACAAAUGGGGGUCACCUGUCCAUUCAUAUUUUCAUAGUGAGAUUUUAGUUUGACAAUCACUAUCAGGUGAUCUCAGUCAACGACGUAGUAUUUGCAAUUUAAAAAAAAAAAAGCAAUAAAUGAUGAAAGAUUUUUCCAAAAGCAAAUAUAUUAAAGUAUUAAACACUUAAACUUGCUUUGAAAGAAUAAUUUCGUCGAGCUAUAUCACCUCUUCCCAUUGCUUCCUUCUUUCUUAGUUGAAUGAAGUGACUUGUUCUCGGAUUAUCUGGUAUCCAAUCUAAACCGAUCCAAACUAUCAUUGAUCAGUUCUGAUGAUCUGUCAUGACAUCCAUUUAAAACAAUCAAUUUUGGAUACAUAUGGGAUCCUCUCACCAAGUCUGACACACAUAAAAUUGUGGAAUAAAUAUGAAAUCCGAAUCCAACAUCGAGUCUGAUUAUUGAUUAAGCGAUAUUCAUUUGAUUUGGAUCCGAUCUGUUCACAUCCCACCGGAUCUGAUGGUGUCGGUGGAUGGGUCAUGUUCAAACCGGGUUGAGGACCCGACUCAAUUGCAUGCCUAAAUUAAAGGCAGGGACGUCAAAGGAGAGAGGGAAUCGUUCCCUUCGACCCCGCACUUUGGUCUUCUUCGCUUCCGCCAACCUUGCGGGAGGGACAGUUAAGAACGACGAUUCCGCCGCUGUUCCUCUUGGCUUAGGAUUGAAGCCAAACGCCGGCAGCCGGUGGCGGAGAGCUGAGCCGGGCGGGAAGCGCCGCCGGUCGGAUCCAGCUGGUCGGAUUAAAUGGCGUCUCCCCGGACGUGCACGGAGAUGGUGGAAAUCGGGGACCUGGAAGCGGAUAUCAGGGAGGUGGGAGAGGUGGAGGAGGAGCAGGGGGAGGAUAAGGAGGAGGCUAGGGACAACGGCGAAGUGUUCUUGAGUUGUGGCGACGCGGCGGUGGUCGUCAUGAGCGAGAUCACGCCGCUGCUGGACUCCGCAAUCCAUGCCGUCCAGAAUCCCCCAAAGAUGAACAUUUUUUCUGUUUCGUACCCCAGAUCCAGGUCCAAGGUGAAGUUUUACGUAUCUGCAGGAGCUGGUGAACAAACAAGUAGAGUCAGAUUUAUCUUCUCUCUAUCAGUUUAUGCUGUGGAUAUGGAGUGGAUCCAAGUACUCUGGUUUCCUGUGUAUGGCAGUCUCUUCUGUUGGUUAUUGCAUCAUGGAGCUUUUACUAGAGAUUUUUUCAGCAUCCAGAGGUUACAACCUGCAUACGCUAUAUUGCUCAACUUCACAACUCCAAUUGCAGCAUCCAUUUUUGCUAGAGUUAUCUUGCAGGAAAAGUUGGCCAUUGUAGAUAUUGGUGGCCUGUCCUGCAGCUUCCUUGGGGCGCUAUUCAUUUUUUCCCCAGUUUUCUCUGUCAAUGGGGUGUUGCCUGGAACUUUGGAUGACACAAGCACUUCUGGCGUUAAUUUGAAUGUCUAUGAUGUGAUAAUUGGCAUUGUUUCAUCAUUGAUGGGUGGAAUUAGCUAUUGUUUCAUACGUGCAGGAGCAAAGGCAUCUGAUCAGCCGGUGGUAACUGUUUUUGCUUUUGCUGUCAUUGCAACUCCUUUUGCUGCAUUAUCCGCAUCGGUCUUUCAGGAAAUUGUAGUUCCGGACGUUGGAUCUCUUAUUCUUAUGAUUGUGCUUGGCAUCCUAGCGUUCAUUGCGGAGGUGUUUCUUUCACGUGGUCUUCAGAUUGAAAAAACCAGCAAAGUUACAAAUAUUCAGUACAUUCAGAUAGAUUAUCAACAGAUUGCGGUUAGGAUCACUCAAAAAGUUCAUGUUUCCUUUUGGGCCACUUUAUCACUUUUUCAAGGCUCAACAGCAAUGUGGAGAAGACGAAAUUCCGAAUCAACCAGUAGUUGUAUUCGUAAAAAGAAAAAUGAUCGUACACUGCUUCCACAGAGUUGGUUAAGCUCUACAAGGUCACAUGGCUGGUUAAGGGCUAGUGUCAAGGUGUCAGGGGGCUCGAGGCUUCAUGGAGUUUGUCUUCCCUAUGGUAAAUGUUGCAAUGUAUGGGCAGACUGACCAACCUAAAAGGGGAAAUUUUUUUCGUAUUUCCAUGUGUAAUGCCAUUAGAUCACAUUUUGAGUAAACCAAGAUCAAGAUGUGAUAGGGCAGCAAAUAUGGCAGGAAGGCAUGGUAGGAAUAAAUGUCUGAAACAUCUUUGUCGUAGAUUGGUUCUAUGUUAUUGUAAGCAAGAGAAUUUAUAUAGGGCACUGCUACUAAGAAAACAAAGUACGAUUCCUGAUCAAUCUGUCCCAAUGAAUCACCUAUAUGGAAUAAUCGCAGAAAGAAAGGGAAAGGAACUCCAGUAAGUUGCCUUUCGCAAUCAACAGGCUUCAUCAGGAAACAUUACCUUUUCUGGGCCAAGGCAUUGAUACCGAGAUCUGCAAUCAACUUGUUGAUCUGACAAUCAGAUCAUAUGUCUUAGUGAAUAGGAUGUAUUCAAAUCAAUUAUUCAUGCCUUCAUGGUGUGUAGGAAGUGUCUUACAGGUACUAGGCAAUUUGACUCUUGGUCUUUGAAAGGCUAUAUAGGUUCAAAUUUAUAUGCUCUUUUCCUGCUUUCAGAUAUCCAUGCAGUGAAGUCACAAGAAUUUUUCAGAGUUCUUGAUGCCACCUACCUUAUUUCUUUUCCUCAUUAAUUAUCCAUGCAAGUCGGACUAUCCUCACGUUGUGUGCAUAUACUUGCAUGGUAAAAUGCAUUGCUGCAGACGGUGCUUUUGUAUGGACUGCUUUCAUGCUACUCAGUGGCACAGGAAGAAACAAGUCUUCUUAUAUACCUUUUUAAUUGUGAUGUUUGAUUGCUUCAGUUGCUGAUUCCCCAAGAGAAUAUGUGCUCAUACAUUCAAAUCCUAUCAUAUCAGUUAUCAACCUAUCAGUGCAGUUUGUGGGAAAGAUGCUUAUGUUGUCAAUCUUCUCUUCAUG